AUGAAGCCAGUGCCGGUUACUAGUAGUGGUGGAUCAGUACCGUCAUCGCCAGGCUAUUGGCCUCAGAAUGGGGCGAGUCCGCGUGGCCAGCCAGGAAGGAUCAUUGCCGGCAACCCGCCGACGACCUCGGUGCCUCAGACGGGAGUUCCGCCUCAUUCUAUCCCCAUUACAACUAGCGCGCCGAUGAACGGUGGACAACAGCCACAGCCAAGGAAACGAGCAAGACCUGCACAGCGGGCGGUGACGAUGCUGGAUGACAAUGGGCAGCCUGUGAAUGUGACUGCGCUGAUGGCUGACCUCAAGAAGGAGCGUGAUGAAAAGGCUGCGUUGGAGGAGAAGAACAAUGCGUUACGGAAGCGCUUGCAGCGUAUGCUAAUCGAAAAUGACGAGGUACGCGUGCGCGCCAAGAACGAGGUUACAGCGGCACAAGAGAAGACCAAGCGCGAGGUUACCGAAGCACAGAACCAGUUGGCAGCUGCACGGGCGCAACUGCGACUGCAGGAUCGAGGUCCUGACGCACAGCUAGAACGCGUGAAGAAGGCCGAAGCUGAACGGACGGGAAUGCUCAACACGCGAUACCGAAGCGAAUGCCGAAUCGCCACCGUCGACGCGCAGCGCAUACUGGACUCGGUCGUUGGAAUGUUUAGGACGAAGCUUCGGCAAGUCGGCCGCAUGGCCCGUGAAAACACAAACAAGCACGACCUGGAAGUGGCAUGUGACGGAGUGCGCCGCCUUGCGUUUAUGACGCUGUUCAGCAUGACGCACGAUUUUACAUUCUACACGUCUGCAGCGCUUCAUUCGCAAGAACCGGUCCACCACACACUCGAGCAAGAGCAAUUUCUCGACUUGUUUGGCAAUUCUUUGUGUCACGAAGAACGCGCGGGGUUAUUCUACGUCGCUACGGCUCCCAUGCUUGUCGUGUUCGACCCUAGCGCUGAGAGUGUGGUUUUAAGGUGCCAAUGGGCUGAGCAGAACGCCCUUCGUGACCUUGCGCGCAACUUCCGCUUCUGA